AUGACCGGAGCAGUGGUAGCUUCGCUGACCGCCUGUUUUAACACACUGCUGAUAUUAUUGUUAUACGUGAGAUAUAAGAGGAAUCUGAGCGUUCGGACAGUAAAAAGUGGAAAGAUGAAGACGACGUUGAUACUUGGGCCGGGUAAGAGUGAAGUCAAGGGAAAGGAAGACAAAAAUGAACUGUUGGAGUUAGAAAAGCACGAGUUCAGCUUCGUACACUCGAAAUUUGACCGCAUCUCACCAAUGGUGUUCACACACAAACUGCUCAGCAAGCAUAAACAGGAGUCGAAAGACGAAGAGAAGACUGACGUGGAUAGGGACCUGAGCUCUUUAUUUUAUACACUGCCAUACCCAUCAGGAGGACUCGUACUCUACACAGCAACAAUAGUACCAUUUGUAAUAAACAUGAUAAAGUCAUUGAUAGUAUCAUACAAGCUAAACCCAGAUCUAGUAACGAAAUGGAAAAUAAACAAUAAUUUCCAGAUAAUAACAAACGGACCAGGGUUAUCAGUGCCAUUCUGCAUAUCAGUGAAGCUGUGGAACGUAAGUAGGCGUAGAAGUAGUGCUGCUGAGAAAGACGAAAAUAAUAUAUAUUGA